AUGAUGCAGUCGGCCUUGUUCAACUUUCAGUCACUUCUGCUCGUGUUUUUGCUUAUCAUCUGCACGAGCACAUAUGCACACUCGAUGAUGCCGGGGAUUAUGGACCGCAAUCAGAGCGGUUCUUUGGGAUCUUCUGGAAGUGUGCUAGGAUCGGUGAACGGUUGAGUCCGUAUGUCAGUAUAUGCUGCGUGGUGAUGGCUGUAAGUAUAUUAAGCACCUUCCCGGAACCAACUACUAGCUUAGCCUGGAAUGCUAAUGUCCAUGCUCUUGCCAGGUCUCGAUUUUCUUCGGCGGCUGAUUGA